GCCGAGGCGGCUGCCGGGGCCGGGGCCCCGCUGGCGGUCGUUGGUUCGUUGGUUCGUUGGUUCGGUCCGCUGGUCCGCCCGUCACUCGACCUGUCCGCCCGUCACUCGGCCUGUCCGCCCGUCAGUGGGUGCUUGAGGCGUGGGGGCGGGCGCCAUGGCGCAGCAGGGCCUGGCGGCCGAGUACCUGCAGGUGCCGGCGGUGACGCGCGCCUACACACGAACCGGGCCUUGCGCUGCAUCACCACCCCAGCUGGAGUUCAUCACCCCAUUUCAGCUCUACUUCAACCCCGACCUCAUCUUCAGGAAGUUCCAGGUUUGGAGGCUCAUCACCAACUUCCUCUUUUUCGGACCCCUGGGAUUCAGUUUCUUUCUUAACAUGAUCUUUCUGUUCAGAUACUGCCGGAUGCUGGAGGAGGGGUCUUUCCGCGGAAGGACCGCGGACUUUGUCUUCAUGUUCCUCUUCGGGGGCUUCCUCAUGACGCUGUUCGGGCUCCUGGCCAGCCUGUUCUUCCUGGGCCAGGCCUUCACCAUCAUGCUGGUCUACGUCUGGAGCCGGCGCAACCCCUACAUCCGCAUGAACUUCUUCGGGCUCCUCAACUUCCAGGCCCCCUUCCUGCCCUGGGUCCUCAUGGGCUUCUCCUUGUUGCUGGGCAACUCCAUCAUCAUUGACCUGCUGGGGAUCGCCGUGGGCCACAUCUACUACUUCCUCGAAGAUGUCUUCCCCAACCAGCCGGGGGGAAAGAAGCUGCUGCUGACGCCAGGAUUCCUGAAGCUACUCUUCGACACGCCGGAAGACGACCCGAACUACAAUCCCCUCCCCGAGGACGGGCCGGAGCCCGGCCCCGCCCAGCGACCCCCGCGGCAGUGAGGCGGCGGUCCCCCCGCUUCCGACCUCGCCCCCGCUCUUCCCUUCCCGUGCCCCGGGCGCCCCCGGACCUUCACGACCCACUCGCCGGGGGCCCGGCCGGCUCCCGGCCGCGGAGGUGGGACCCCGCACCCAGGUGGACGGCGACGGGGCAGGGGGUCCUCCCGCCCUCCGGGCGGCCGACCCCGGAAGGCUCCCUUUCCCACCUCCCCGGCGGCGGAGCUCCCGCGUCUCCACCCGCCUGCCCCGGCCCAGGACGGACCGACGGCCGCCUCGCGCUCACCUAGGUGUGAGGGAGGCCGGGCCCGCCGGGGCCCGAGACACACACAAUCACCGAAUAAAAAAGAUGGAGAACGAA